AUGUCUUCUCCCUCCUACCCCAAAACAGCCGUAAACAAACUUGGCCGUCUCCCAAACAGAGGCACCUACGACUACCAAACCAUCCACACCCUCAUAAACCGCACGCCCAUCCUCCACGUCUCCUUCACCGACCCGUCCCACCCCUUCCCCGUCGUCCUCCCCAUGCUCGGAUGCACAGGAAACUACUCAACCCCCAACGACUCCUCCGCGGCUCAAGCCAUCUACCUCCACGGCUACAUUUCCGGUCGCCUCUUCAAAAAAUCUGCGGAAUCCUCGCCUUCCUCCUCAGAAGAAAACGAGGAACAAGGCCUCCCCAUCACCAUCGCAGCAUCGAAUCUCGACGGCCUCGUCCUCAGCCUCACCCCGUUCCACAACUCGUGCAACUAUCGAUCGGCGGUUGUGUACGGGUAUGCGAGUCUUGUGGACGAUGAAGACGAGGCCAUGUGGGCGAUGCGCGAGAUCACCGAGAAUAUGUUGCCUGGGAGGUGGGAGGGGAGUCGGGUGCCGCCGACGAAAGCCGAGGUGAAGAGUACGGGGGUGAUUAGGGUGAGGGUUGUUUCUGCUUCGGCGAAGAUUAGGACAGGCGGACCGAGUGAGGAUCGUGCGGAUUUGAAGAAUGCCGAGUUGGUCAAGAAGACGUGGACGGGGGUUGUGCCGUACUGGGGGUCGUGGGGGGAGCCGGUGCCGGGGAAGGAGAAUGGAUGUGAGGAGGUUGAGGAGUAUAUUGAGAGGUGGAGGAUUGGGGAGAAUAGUAGGGGGAGGCAGGAGGCGUUUGAUGCGACGGCGGAGAAGUAG